AUGGUUAGCAACAAGCAACGACCCCCUUUCCGUGCCGAGCACCUUGGCUCGCUGCUGCGCCCAGCCGAACUGACCGAGAAGCGCCUGAAGCUUGACAAGGCCAAGGCCCUCGACAUCGUCAAGGACGAGGAGCUCCAUGCCAUCGAGGACAGGUCGAUCAAUGACAUCGUCCAACUGCAACUCGACCUCGGCUUCCAUGCAAUCAACGAUGGCGAGUACCGUCGCCACCAGUUCUGGGGCACCUUCUUCCCGAACCUCGACGGCUUCGAAGAGAUUAUGAACCCUGAGUGGGACAUGUUCCGAAUGUAUGUCCCGGAUACUGCUGCCUUCACCGAGUCGGGCCACAAACCUGGCGAGACAAUUGUUUGCACCGGCAAGAUCAAGCAUGCUGGCAGCAGCUACCUUUCCGACUGGAAUUACCUGAAGAAGCUUGUACCCGCAGACCGAGUAAAGGAGCUGAAGGUGACUCUGGCUGCCCCUGAGUGGUACCACCUUCGAUAUAAGAAAGGCAAAGCAUACCCAAAGGAGGUAUAUGCCACCGAUGCUGAGUACUUUGCCGAUAUCGCAGAAGCGUACCGGACGGAGCUCCAGGUUCUGUAUGAGAACGGCUGCCGAAACGUCACCAUCGACGACCCCAACCUGGCAUACUUCUGCGCGGAGAAGAUGAUUGCGGGUUUCAAGCAGGACGGCGAGGAUCCCGACGCGCUUUUGGACACAUACGUCCAACUAUACAACGACUGCAUCAGCUCGCGCCCGUCAGACAUGCAUGUCGGCAUCCAUCUCUGCCGCGGAAACUUUGCGUACAGCAAACACUUCUCGGAGGGCGGGUACGACCGCAUCGCCACCAAGCUCUUCAAGGAUAUCAGCGCCGACACGUACUUCCUGGAGUACGACACGGAGCGAGCCGGCACCUUCGAGCCCCUGAAGGAGCUUCCUCCAAACAAGAACGUGGUGCUCGGUGUGAUCACCAGCAAAUUCCCCGAACUCGAGGAUGUGGCCAAGACGCGCGAGCGAAUCUUCGAGGCUGCCGAUGUUGUCGCCGGCGGUGCGGGCCAGACGCGGGAGGAGGCGUUGAAGCGGAUCGGUGUCAGUCCGCAGUGUGGUUUCGCGAGUCACCACCUCGGAAAUUCAGUGACGAGGGAGGACAUGCUCGCGAAGCUGAAGCUCGUCCGCGAGCUCGCCGACUCGAUCUGGCCUGGAGCGCCGUAG